AUGGGUAACUGCAUGUCCUCCGAGAAACCCUCCGGUGCGUCGCAAAACACAUCCGCUGGGAAACCAAUGUCUUCUGCAAACCGAGCACCAGUAUUCAAAGAACAGGAUACAGGUCCUCAAGCAACAGGAGGUGCAGGCACCACUCAGCAAAAUUUGGCUAAUAAUGGUGCUCUAAAUGCCCAAUCAAACCAACUGUCAAAUGGUGAAUUAAAUGCGAUAUCACAGGACCAACAAGACCAAAAACUUAACGAACUUAAACCCAAUUAUACACUAAAUGGAAACGGAACCUCCAAUCGUCCAAGCAGCACAAAUGGCUCCAUUCAAGGCGGAAGCAGCAGCAACGGCGGUGGCAGCGGCAGCGGCAGUGGCAACACCUAUGAAGUACCAUCAUCUACUGCGUCAAGUAACGUUAACGACCCCAACUUUAACAAUAGUAGCAACUCUAAUGGCCAAUCGUCGCGAAGUCACCACAACAGCAUAGCCAACACUUCCAUCAGUUCUCAGAAUGACGGCAGCUUAAGUUCAUCCAACGGUGCAGCUGCUGGUCAGCUCGUUGGAAGCAAUAACAACAACAACAACAACAACAAUAAUAAUAAUAAUAAUAAUAAUAACAAUAACAACAAUAAUAGCAAACGACCCGAAGUAAAAAUCUUACUGCUUGGUGCUGGUGAGUCAGGCAAAUCUACUAUUCUUAAGCAAAUGAAAAUUAUCCACCAAAGUGGUUACUCGCAAGACGAUUUGCUCAUGUAUAAAACAACAGUUUACAAAAACUUGCUUGAUUGUGCGAAAACUAUUGUCGAAGUAGUGACUCAGUUUGAUAUUGACCUUUCUGGAGAUCCUAUCAACCAAUUACCAGCAGAUGCUUCUACAAGUACAUCUUCAGACACUACUGCUGUAAGUACAACUAGCCCAGCUGUCAUUGAUGAUUCCAUAAACGACCCUACAUCUACUGAAGUUGCAACCCAACCAUCUCAACAACAACAACAGGAGCAACAGCAACAGCAGCAACAGCAGCAACAGCAGCAACAGCAGCAACAGCAGCAACAGCAGCAACAGCAACAGCAUCCAUACAUGUCUCAAGAGGAACUUGACUUUAUUCGCAAUUCCAUCAUUUCACCAGACCCAGAUUCAACACUUGACCCUAAACUUGCCCAUUUAAUAUCUAAAUUAUGGGCCCAUCCAGCUGUUAAAGAUUUACUGGCCACACGUCGCUCUGAAUUUUAUAUUAUGGACUCAGCACAAUACUUUUUCCGCAACGUGCAGCGCAUUGGCGAUCCUGAGUACAUUCCGACAGUGGCUGACAUUUUGCGCGCUCGUAUUAAAACAACGGGUAUCUAUGAAACACAAUUUUCUAUGGGCCAACUUAAUAUUCACAUGUACGAUGUGGGUGGCCAACGUUCAGAACGUAAAAAAUGGAUUCACUGUUUUGACAAUGUUACGCUCAUUAUUUUCUGUGUAGCACUUUCCGAUUAUGACCAAGUAUUGCUAGAGGAAUCCAGUCAAAACCGUAUGGCUGAGAGUCUUGUUUUAUUUGAUUCUAUUGUCAACUCGCGGUGGUUCACACGUACCACUGUUGUUUUGUUUCUCAACAAAAUUGAUAUUUUCACUGAAAAACUUCCAGUAUCACCUCUUGAAAACUAUUUCCCAGAUUAUACGGGUGGUAAUAAUAUCAAAAAGGCUGCAAAAUAUAUUUUGUGGAGAUUCACUCAGCUUAACAGAAACAAUCUUACAAUUUAUCCCCACAUUACACAAGCUACAGAUACUUCGAAUAUUCGACUUGUUUUUGCAGCUGUUAAAGAAAGCAUUUUGGAAAACUCACUCAGAGAUUCAGGUCUUUUAUAA